AUGAAAGUAAAAUCGAUUAUGGACGAGGAUCCGUCCUCGGAUGUCAGCCACCUUUUUCCUUUAAAGGUGGAAACACCAAAUGACCGGUCUGUGGAAGUUAAAAAGAUGGAAGCAGAGGUCAAGAGACUCUGGAAAGAAGUUGGCGAUCUAAUUGAGGAGUAUGUUCUCAUUUCAGUGGAACUUCUGACAAAAUGCCAGGACCCAGAAGCGUACAACAAGGCCACAAUUGAAAAAGACUCCCACGAAGAGUUCCUCAUGGAGUCGGUCUCUGAAGCCUUAGUUGCAUGCAUCCGCAUGGGCCAGUAUGCUGGAUAUCAGAACGGGCAACAAAAGGCCAAAAACAGUCAAGGAUUGGCUGACAACAAGUGGAUCUAUUCAUUUGUGCAGGAAGGAUCUGAUAAGUGGAUGCAGGUAUUGUCACCAAAGAAGCGUGAUUGCCCUGCAAUGUGUUCUAUUUCCAAGCGCCAAAAAAUGGAUUAG